GUGUUCUCUUGUGAAUUUUGACGUGGAAGAAAUCGUAAAAUACUACUUUUUUGUAGAAUAGGUAAACGGCAUGGCCGUGGACGCAUUGGUGGAGUCGAUCACCACCUAUUGCAGUCGACCUAUUUGGGCUCAUCUCUAUGCAACUCCUUUUGCAGUGUUGUAUGCUAGCUGGUUCUAUAUCUGGUCAUCAGUAUACGGAUAUGAGGAGUACUAUGAGCUCGGACUUAUCGGUGCUGCUAUCAUAGGGCUUGUUCAAGCAUUAGUGAUCCUGUUCAGCCAUUGGUUUGUCGGAGUGAAAUGCGCUUUAUCAUGCGUCUAUGAGAAAGAUCCUCACAAGGCUACAUUGGUCAAGGUAGUGCCUACUCCCAACAAUGGCUGGGCGGAGCUCGUACCCCUUCGGAGGUCUAGGAGAGCUGGAUCUACCAAAGUGUGGUUUGAAUUCCAAAAGAUUCAUUACACUUUGGACCCGGAGACGAACACCUUCAGCACCGUUGUUUUUGACUCUCAUCGACCAAUGAAAUACUACCAACAGUCGCGCGGUGUGGAGAACGACGAGCAGUUAGAAGAGACGAAGUAUCUUUAUGGAGACAAUAAAACGGAAAUGGUCAUACCGCAGUUCUGGGACCUGUUUAAGGAGCGGGCAACUGCACCAUUCUUUGUGUUCCAGGUGUUCUGUGUUGGACUGUGGUGCUUAGAAGAUAUGUGGUACUAUUCGCUUUUUACUCUCUUCAUGUUGAUGACCUUUGAAGCAACACUGGUGAAAGCUCAGUUGAAGAAUAUGCAGGAAAUACGCAACAUGGGAAACAAAGCAUUUAUGAUACAGGUCUACAGAAAUCACAAGUGGAUGAAGAUAAAGACUGAUGAAUUGGUAUCUGGAGAUAUAGUAUCUAUUGGGCGUUCUUCGGAUGAGCAAGCUGUGCCCUGUGACAUGAUCUUGCUGCGAGGCCCAUGUAUUGUUGAUGAGUCUAUGCUUACUGGAGAAUCUGUGCCCCAGAUGAAGGAACCUAUCGAAGACAUUGAAAAGGAUAGGGUCUUCGACAUUGAUGCCGAUAGUCGUCUUCAUGUGGUAUUUGGAGGAACGAAAAUCGUGCAGCAUACUCCGCCAGCUAAGGGUGUGGAAGGUCUCAAAGGCCCUGACAACGGAUGCAUCUGCUAUGUUCUCAGAACUGGAUUCAAUACCAGUCAGGGAAAGCUACUCAGGACUAUAAUGUUUGGUGUGAAAAGAGUCACAGCGAAUAACUUGGAAACUUUCUGUUUCAUUUUGUUUUUGCUCAUAUUCGCUGUUGCUGCUGCUGCAUAUCUAUGGAUAGUAGGCAGCCGAGAUGAAUCGCGCAAUAAAUACAAGCUCUUCUUGGAAUGUACUCUCAUUCUUACCAGCGUCAUCCCUCCCGAAUUGCCUAUCGAGCUUUCGCUUGCCGUUAAUACAUCUCUAAUUGCCCUGCAAAAAUUGGGAGUGUUUUGUACGGAACCAUUUCGGAUUCCAUUUGCUGGGAAAAUUGAUAUAUGCUGUUUUGACAAGACUGGGACACUCACCACUGACAAUCUGGUCGUUGAAGGGAUUGCUUUCAGUACCGAUGAGGAAAAAGGACUCGUCAAAAGUGUCUCUGAUGUUCCCCUGGAAUCUAUACAAGUGUUAGCCUGCUGCCACAGCUUGGUACGCUUUGACGAGGACCUCGUAGGAGAUCCUUUGGAGAAAGCUUGUCUUACAUGGUGUGACUGGUCCCUUACAAAAGGUGAUGCUGUGCUUCCCCCGAAAGGGUCGAAACUGACCGGUUUGAAAAUCUUCCAUCGAUAUCAUUUUUCAUCUGCUAUGAAGAGAAUGACCGUGGUUGCUGGCUACCAACUGCCAGGCUUCCAGGAACCGAAAAUGAUUGUUGCAGUGAAGGGGGCACCUGAGACUCUCAGGUCGAUGUACGAAAAUGUUCCAAAAGACUACGACGAAGUUUAUACCAACUUAACAAGACAAGGAGCGCGUGUUCUUGCUAUGGGAAUUAAAGAACUCCAUGAGACUAGACUAGGAGAGCUGAGGGACACCAAAAGGGAGACUUUGGAGAAGAAUUUGCGGUUUGCUGGUUUUGUUGUCAUUUCCUGCCCUCUGAAGCCAGAUACCAAAGCAAUGAUCAAAGAAAUUAUUGAAAGUUCGCACAAGGUUGUGAUGGUUACUGGCGACAAUCCACUGACAGCAUGCAACGUUGCAAGGGUCCUCAAAUUUAUCCGAAAGAAGGUCCCCACAUUGGUAUUGGAUGAGCCUGUCGAUAAAGAUGCAGAGUGGAAGUGGAAGGCUGUCGAUGAAUCUGUUGAGUACGCUGCCAUCCCGUACGAGGACAAAAGUAGCUUGAAGAAGUUUCUGUCUGAGAAUGAGUUUUGUCUGACAGGCCCGGCAUUUGCCUUUCUGUUGGAAAAUAAUCGUGAUUUCUUGGACAAGAUCAUCACACAUGUGCGAGUGUUCGCUAGAAUGGCACCGAAACAAAAGGAGCGGGUAAUCAACGAGUAUAAGUCGCUCGGCUACGUCACCCUUAUGUGCGGUGAUGGAACGAAUGAUGUCGGUGCUCUUAAGCACUCUAAUGUCGGCGUUGCAUUGCUGUCGCAUCCUUACGAUGCAACCAAAGCAGAGCAAAAAGAAAAAGAAAAGAAGGAGAAAAUUGAGGAAGCACGUCGUUUGAUGCAUAUCAACAAUGCCGCUCCUCCCGGAAUACCGAGCUCUGCUGUUCGGCGCGGAGAUGCACCAGUUGGUGCUAGAAUGAGGAAUCCUCAUCCUUCGCUCGCUCAUACCCAUAAUAGAUUAGAGAAGCUGAUGAAGGAAUUAGAGGAGGAAGAAAGAGCGACUGUUACAAGGCUGGGAGAUGCGUCUAUUGCAGCGCCUUUUACUUCAAAAUACACAAGCAUAGCUUCCAUCUGUCACGUAAUCAAGCAAGGAAGAUGUACAUUAGUGACUACCCUGCAGAUGUUCAAAAUUUUGGCGUUAAAUGCUCUCGUCUCCGCCUAUUCGUUAUCUGCCUUGUACAUGGAUGGAGUGAAAUUCAGUGACACACAAGCCACAAUCCAAGGACUUCUUCUGGCAGCUUGUUUUCUUUUCGUCUCCCGUUCCAAGCCCCUCAAGACAUUGUCCAAGCAGCGCCCUAUGUCAAACAUAUUCAAUGCUUAUACUCUUUUGACUGUUACCGGGCAGUUCAUCGUGCAUUUUAGUUGUCUACUCUACGUAGUGAAGUGUGCUCACGCAGCUUCACCGAGCGAUGAGCCUGUUGAUUUGGAGGCAAAGUUUACCCCAAGUAUUCUGAACACGAGCGUCUACAUCAUAUCUAUGGCUCUGCAAGUUUGCACAUUUGCUGUGAACUACAGGGGACGACCAUUUAUGGAAUCGUUGCUUGAGAAUAGGGCAAUGUUGUACAGCAUCUUGAUAUCUGGAGGAUCAGUUUUCAUGCUUGCCACAGGUGCCUCUGCCGAUGCGAUGAAAAAGUUCGAACUUGUGGUGCUUCCAGAUGAGCUCCGGAAUAUACUAGUCUACUGCGUAUCAUUCGAUCUCGUCGCUUGUUAUAUGAUUGAUAGGAUUCUAAACUUCCUUUUGGGCGACAUGUUUUGAUUCAGCGUUUUGUUGUAAACAGCGUUGUGGCCACUCGUCUAUCUGUGAUUUUUUCUUAACUUAUAGGUUCUUGUCGUUGUUAAGUUGUUAUUAACUGCUGUUCUGUGAACAUAGUUUACCCACAGUUGUGCAGCUGUUUAGCAUAUUUCUUUUCUUUGUAUGUGCUUACAUGACUGUUAACUAUACAUUAUUGUUUCACCCUAUUGUGGGCAAGUAGAAUAGUAAA